AUGUUUCUUGUGUCCUCUGGUAUCAUCUUUCCACUGGACGAGCAACUCAGCAACAAUUUAUCAAUACUAGGGACUAUUAUGUAUAUAUUCUCUUUUGCUAUUGGAGCUGGACCUGUAACUGGCAUCAUUAUACCAGAGCUUAGCAGCACCAGGACACGAGGGAAGAUCAUGGGUUUCAGUUUUUCUACCCAUUGGGUUUGCAAUUUUGUGGUGGGAUUAUUCUUCCUUGAGUUGGUGGAGAAAUUUGGAGUUGCACCUGUAUAUGCCAGCUUUGGAGCAGUUUCCCUGUUUGCCGCAGCAUUUGCCUAUUACUUCAUAGUAGAAACUAAGGGUCGGUCUCUAGAAGAAAUUGAACGAUCCAUAAACGUGAAAGCUUGA